GGACAGAGAAGCCGUCUGUGCAAGUUGGUCACUGGUUGACCCAGUUCUCAGAUUGGCUGAAAAUUAGGGAUUCCUAUUAAAUGUUUGAGCAGCACACAGGGAAUUGGGAGUGCACUGUUAUGUUCAGGUCUUACAGAGUAUUUUUUCUUGCUGGUGUCCCUCUUCCUCAUGUAGUUGUACACUGCAAAUGAUGCUUAAUAGUGAACUGCAAGUUUGCCAGGCAGCGUGCUAAUGUUGUCAUUAUAGGGAAUUAAUGCUCAGAAGCUGUUAUUGUUUUCAUUAUGGAUGUUGCAGUGUGUGACUUUCAUUACGAGUACAGUUUAUGUGGUAGAGGCAGAGGUACUUAGUGCUGUUCAUUUUUGCUUGUACUCUUCCUACAUGAAUAUGUAUUUCUACAUAUGAUAAACAUAAAAUCAUUAAGCACCAAUGCAGUGCGCAGUCUUGAGUCACACUGCUGCACAAAGAACUGGAAUUAAGUGUUGUGUCUAUGUGACAAUUGUCUCUUCCAAGCGGCGAGUAGAUGCUUUGCCUCCUUGUGAAACAUCUGAUGAGCCACUUGUGAGGAGUCAGCUACUCCCCUUGCUGGCAGAGUGACAGUCCCAGCAGUAUAAAAGGGCCCUGAGGGGCAGACUGUGCUGGGUGUAGCUGAUACAGCAGCAGAACGAGGGCUUCUCCUAGGGACUGCAGCUGGAAAAGCUGUGCUAGGUUGCAGCUACCAACACUUAAGCUACACAAAAUGCGUGAGAUCGUGCACCUUCAGAUUGGCCAGUGUGGAAACCAAAUUGGAGCUAAGUUCUGGGAGGUGAUAAGUGAUGAACAUGGAAUUGAUAUUGCUGGAAACUACCGUGGGAAUGCAUCGCUGCAGCUUGAGCGAAUUAACGUGUACUUCAAUGAGGCUUAUUCCCAUAAGUAUGUGCCCCGUUCUAUCUUGGUGGACCUGGAGCCUGGUACAAUGGACAGUGUACGAUCUAGCAAAAUUGGCCCACUAUUUCGACCUGACAAUUUUAUUCAUGGUAAUUCAGGUGCUGGAAACAACUGGGCUAAGGGCCAUUACACAGAAGGAGCUGAACUGAUUGAAAAUGUCAUGGAUGUGGUCAGGAACGAGUGUGAGAGCUGCGACUGCCUGCAGGGAUUCCAGCUCAUCCAUUCUCUUGGGGGUGGUACGGGCUCAGGUAUGGGCACGCUCCUCAUCAACAAAAUCAGAGAAGAGUAUCCCGACAGAAUUAUGAACACUUUCAGCGUUGUUCCUUCACCCAAAGUAUCUGACACAGUUGUAGAGCCCUAUAAUGCCAUCCUCUCCAUCCAUCAACUAAUAGAGAAUACAGAUGAAACCUUUUGCAUCGACAACGAAGCACUAUACGAUAUAUGUUUUAGAACUUUAAAGCUCACCAAUCCCACCUACGGUGACCUCAAUCACUUGGUGUCCCUAACAAUGAGCGGUGUUACAACCUCACUCCGUUUUCCUGGUCAGCUGAAUGCAGAUCUGAGGAAGCUGGCUGUUAACAUGGUGCCCUUUCCUCGCCUGCAUUUCUUUAUGCCAGGCUUUGCUCCUCUAACAGCACGAGGUAGCCAGCAGUACAGAGCCCUCUCAGUGCCAGAGCUUACUCAACAGAUGUUUGAUGCACGCAACAUGAUGGCAGCCUGCGACCCCCGUCGUGGGCGCUAUUUGACUGUGGCAUGCAUCUUCAGGGGCCGAAUGUCUACCAGAGAAGUGGAUGAACAGUUACUGUCUGUCCAGACCAAGAACAGCUCCCACUUUGUGGAGUGGAUCCCUAAUAAUGUCAAAGUGGCUGUGUGUGACAUACCACCGCGAGGACUGAAGAUGGCAGCUACCUUUAUUGGCAAUAACACGGCCAUUCAGGAGCUCUUCAUCAGGGUUUCUGAGCAGUUUUCAGCUAUGUUCAGAAGAAAAGCAUUUCUCCAUUGGUACACUGGAGAAGGCAUGGAUGAGAUGGAGUUUUCUGAAGCAGAGGGAAACACCAAUGACCUUGUUUCUGAGUACCAGCAGUACCAAGAUGCCACUGCAGAUGUUGAGGAAUACGAAGAAGUGGAAGCUAGCCCAGAAAAGGAAACAUAAAAACAGUGGCAGUAUAAAACAUUCUCCAAGUAAGCCUGUUGUCAUUCACUAAAGGAAAAGCACCAGCCACAAGCCACGUAACAAAAAUAACACCUUCCUUAAGAUUAUUUUCCUCUCCAAAGUUACAAUACGGUGCUUUUGAAAUUAACAGCAGGUAUGCUCUAUUUUCCUGUCUACACUAAAUCACUCCCAGAAAUGAUCCACUAUGAAGACAGGUUCCCUCCUAACAGUCUUGUAAAUGUAUUCCCUUCUGGAAUAUUAUUGCUAGAUAUACAAUAUACAGCCUGUGUGUGUGUAUUAGGAUCACAAGCAAUUUCAAAAGAUGUUAUAAACUUGUCAGAUUUACUUAUUUUCAGGUAACCACAGUCCAUGUUCUGCUUGUGAACUUGCUGCUGUGUUGGGAACACACACGUGUAGGGCCUAUAAAGGCAGCAUGCCAUCAUGCACUCUAGAGAUGGAUCUAGAGCUGCAGACAAUUUCAGUUCCUUUAGCAGCAGAAUGAAGGGGAAAAACAAAUGACUAAAUAUUCACUUUUUUUAAAUUUUGUUAAGAGGAUAUAUUUUAAUAGUUCUGUCACAUUGCUGGUUUGCAUUACUGCAGAGCUUGUACUCAUUUUGUGGCUUAUUUCAAUUUCAAACUAUAGCUUCAGUUACACUAGCAUACCAAGUUGUAAACAGUUUAACAGUUUUGGUGUGGUGUUUUGUUUUUUGUUUCCCUCCUAUGUAGUAACUAUUGUAAAUUUUCUUCCUAUCACUCAGUACAGCAACAGAUGGAAUGGUUUGCAGCUAAAUAAGAGAAGUAAGUUCAAUGUCAAUCACUAAAUAAGAAAAAUAGCUUGAAGAAGAAAAAUAUGCCUUUCACAGCCAUCUACUUAACACUGCAUUUAUAACAUUCCUUGAAAUAAAAUUAUACAGCAUUCUGUAAAAUACUUUAACACUUGAAAAAUUUAGUAGGCAAAAAUCAUGGUUUAUAAUGACUAACAUGCACUUAAAAAUUCUUACUUGAAAAAAAACCAAAAACACCUUGUUUUACUGUUCUCUCAGAAGAGAUUUUGUUGUACUCUGAAGAAAGCCAUGCCUCAUGUUUCAGUCUUUUGUAUUAUAGUGAGCAGUAGAAGCAUCUCAGUAAACACAAAUCUGAAGCCAGUCAUGGAAGUACGUCAUAUUCCUUCCUAUGCACAGGGACAAUGUUAUACUUGCUGUUGAGAUACACAGCAGCAGAAACAUCUCCAUCUUCACUGGGUUAGGGGAAAUGACUGUGUUCCCCUCCAUUCCUGCUGCUUCCUGGUGAAUCCAUGCCUGCUCCCUCGCAGGGAAAGUGACCAAGUGCUAACAGGGACAGUAAUACAGUCCAGAGCCUUCUGCACUUCCCACCCCAUACAGGGAGCCACCUCCAAAUCCUGAUUCAUUGAUCGUGGUUCAGUCUUGGAGAUGGAUCACAUGCAGUACCUCCAUGGAGAAGUAUUCUACUUUGUUCUGCCUUUAAGUGGCAUCAAAAUGUCUCUGGCUGAAAAAGCUUAUUCUGAGCACAAAAGUAUUCAUUCAUUACGGAAAUGAAGUAGGCAAAAAAAUGUUAAACAGCACUUACAUCUCUCUCUUAUUAAUAGACCUGAAAUAUCAGCAUGAAAGCCACAAAGAGAUCUGCCUUGACAAUAAACAUCUGUUGCUAACAAAUGGUAGAGUGUGAUAAAAAGUCAUCCAUUCUAACACACACGAAAGAUAAGUGUCUCUGCAAAAGGGAGUAGUUUGUUUCCAAAGGAACAACAGUUGCCACACAUUCAUUUGUUUAUUCAGCACUGAAAUUUAUUAGCUGAUUUAUGUACAUGGGCAAAUUUUACAGUUAACGUGUUGAUGUUAUACUGCAGUCUUGCCUACAGCUUGCAGUUUGCUGUUCAUGUUCACAGAGCAGUUCCUAGAAGAGAUUUAAAAUACAAAUUACUCGAUUCAAGAGAACACACACAGGUAGACUACAAGCAGUGCAAUGCUUAUUCUCAGAUCCAGAAUAGAUUUGUGCAACAUUUAUGUUAUCACCACUUAUUUUUUCUGGAUGUGUAACGCAAUCAAUCACUCCUGAUCAUACUUACAACAACUUUUUCAAAACCAAGCCUUAUGAGCUGCAGGCCUUGGUACAGAGAUGUAUUUUAUGACAGUCUUGUCAGUUACAAGCAUCUUACAGAAAGACAUUUCAUCAACAAUACUCUCUGCUAGCAUAACUGCAGUAAUGUUAAGGUACAAACACUGACUUUAUGAGGACAGGCUGUUGUCCUAUCAGUGUAACAGUCCCCAACACAAAACUGCCCUUGCAAAUUACCUGUUAUGUAGUGCUUCAGGCAGAGCCCAGAAGAGACCUGAGCUGCUGGCUGCACGUGCAGUGUCACACACAGAGAUACAAGCAGCAGGUCUCUUCCACAGCUAUCAAGCAGCCUUUGCACAGAUAACUUCGAACAAAACCCAAACCUUUAAACGCAGAGCCUGAGGGGCGCACAGCCCCGCGCUCAGAGCGCAGCGAUCCCCGCACUGCCACAGAGCAGCCCCAGCCCCGCUCACGGAGCUCCGUGCCGCUCCUCCAACCGCGGCACGAGACACGCCGCGCUCACACCUAUUGGCCCUGCUAUUCCUUCUUGGCCUUCACAGUCUUCACGGUCGCCGUCGCCGCCCUCUCCGCCUCAGCUUUGUACUGAGGCUUCAUCGCCGCUCUGACAACCUGAGCGCAGAUCUGGGAAUACCGGAUGUAGCUGAAAACAGAAGGAGAAAGGAGAGGAGAAUCAAGUUGGGAACCUAAAGGCACCGGCCCGCCCUCAGCCACCGCCGGCGCUACCUGAGCCCGGCCUGCCGCCAGUACGACACCAUGGCUGCGGAUGAACGGACGCUCCGCUGCCCACAAGGUCAGCGCCCACCGGAAGAGGAAAGACCGCCCCGCUGCUUCCUAGGCGAUCAGCAACCAAGAGUGACCUUUCUUCCAAUCAGAAUUCGACUUACCUUAGGAAAGCUGACCAAUGGUAACCGGUCGGUUACACUGGUCCCAGUUACCGCUCUCUGGUAGCGACCAAUCAGCAGGCUGAACGGGGCGCGCGACUUCCGCCUUUCUUCUCGAGGUGUCUCGCGAGAGGGAAUCGACUCUCCGCGGCGGUUGCGCUGGGCACUCAGCGUGGCUCCGGCCCGCGGUUCUCUGCGUGUUUGACCCGGGGCAGGGUGUGAGUCGGGGUGGCCUCGGCUUCAGCUCCGGAUUCGGCCGGUUGGGCCCUGCUUCAGGGAUCCAGAAAAGGUCUGCGCGUGGCCUGCAGUGGUUCAGAGCCGGUAACGUGCGGCAUUACACGUGGCCGUAAAAUAGCAGAGGAUAUCCAGACACCGGGCUGCUUACUGCUGAUGCACAGAGAUGAAAAUAAAAAGUGCACAGAUGUACAUGGUGGCUUCGAGUCAAACCCAGCCUCUCACUGUAAAGUCGUAGGCAGAAGAUGGCACAGAGUUCUUCAGAAAGUUAUCCCAGGAGUAUUUUAUGGACCAAGGAAGUGGAUAUAGCAACAGGAGACUGCCUUUUCUCAGGGUCUGCCAAGUCUUAGCUGCCCAUCUGGGAAUAAAUAGUCUCUGGAGGAGCCCAGGAUCCGCAGAGAAGAAUUCAGGUACAUUCAAGGUCUAAGAAUGUUGUGCAUGAUUUUGUACAUGUUUUGAUGUGCUUGCUAGCUUUUUCUUGAAUGUUAUGAUAAAAUAGCAUAAUAACCUAAAACUUUCUGUCUACAGUCUGUUACAGUGUUGAAUCAAACUUUAGAAAGCAUGGAGGUGGCAGCCAGGGCUGGGGCGCUUUUUCAGAAGUUUUAAGUCUUACAGGUGCUUCUGUUUCUUUGAAAGGUUAGGCUGACUUAGGAUCCUGCUGUAGGGAACCUGGACUCUAUGAUCUCUGGAGGUCCCUUCCAGCCCCUAUGAUUCUGUGAUCCUAGUUAAAUAAGCACCAUUAUUGCACUUCACUUUACAGACUAGGAAAUAACAUCAUCUGUGCAAUACCACCCUACUCCAUUCCUCCCCCCCCCCUUUCCUCCCCCUGCCCAGAAGAAAUAAGGGGAAAUCGUGUAGCUUGCUGAAUGUCUCUCAAAACUGAGAGAAAACUUGAGAGAGAAAAUAAAAUAGGCGGAAUAUCAGGCUAAGAAAAUUAAAUGCUUUUACUACUUCAGCUAGAUAAUUCAAAAUACAAGGUGACUAUACAGCAUGACUGAGUCCCAAGUGCAGGUUCUGGCACACAGUUUUUAUAGCAGCAAUGCUGAGUCAACAAAAACUUUCAGUGCAGAUGGGUGCAUGGAAGCUGGGCAACUACACAGCACAGAGAGGUUACAAACCCAACAGAUCUUCUUAAAACACCUUGCAAGUAAUAUGAAACAAGUUGUUACUUUAGCUGUCUCCAGCAUGUGUGAAUGAAGAAGUGAAUAACAAGUUAGGUACAAUUUACAGUAAAAAUCCUUAGGACCAGAAAAGUGCAAUUUCCUGUACUAAGUUAACACCAAAAUUCCACUACUAGUAUCACCAAUUCUUAUAUCAUAUGUGAGCAAAAAUCUUUUACACAUUGUUUUUUCAAAACAUUUAAAACAAUGAAUAGCAACAAUAGCUAAUGAUUUCUAACUUAGUUAAAAAUUCAAGUGAACAGUGUAAUAAGUCAUCUUAUCAUCUUCUCCAGGCCAUGAGCUUUGGAUCUAAAGCUUACUCACUUCUGUUUCUUAGAAAAGUUAUUCAGUUGAGCUUGAAGUUUGUCCACUUUAAUAGCAUCUGCAGGUGAGGUGAAGAAUGAAUCCACUUAGGUGAGCUGAAAGAAGUAAUGAUCCAGACCCACUGCUGAUUUGUUCUCAUCAUAUUCCUCUAUCCCUCUCCCACCCCCUUUCUUUCUUUCUAGCCCUUAAAUUUUGUCCCUCCAAUUGUAAUUCCAUUUUCUUUCCCACCUGCCUCAUUAGUUCUGACCAGCAGAAUGCACAGCUGCUCUGCACAAGCAAACAUCACAUUCACUGCAGCAUCAAAGCAUUCAGCCACAGCACCCUGCAUUCAUCUGAGCAUUGCCAGCCAUGACACAGCUAUGCAGGCAGCUAGCAAAGAAACCAUCUGAUAGCAGUGCUCACACUUCCUUCUCUGAUGGAACACACGGUGUGUAGUUGCUGCACAGCCCACCACACCAAAUCAAACAAAGCUUCUUUAGGUGAAGUCUCCUCUUAUGACCAUUGUGAGUAAACAACCAGACUGUUCCAUGACUGUACAGACUCAAGCAACCUUCUGCUCUUAACAGUAUGAGGUUCCAUGUAGAGAGACAUACUCCUUGACAGCUGAAGUGUACAGAUCUAAGUCUAAGUACAGCAAAAACCUUCCCCUGUGAUCUAAAAACUGAAAUUUGGUCACUAAUUAAUGUGUGAGAUUGAUGGGAAAAAAAGUGGUUAGUUAUAAAAGAGCAAGAAAGACCACAGCAGCUGCAAACAGGUUUGAUUUAUUGCCACUUACAAAUGUAUACUAUAAGAUACACAUCUGAAUAAAAUAAGCUAUUAACCCUGGACUAUUCCUUCAGCUCCAUGCCCCACCCAGAUUAAUACUCUAGCAAUUAAAAGAAAUGAAUAGAACACAGUUUGAGGAACUAGGCAGAACGCAGCUAACAUUUUAUUUAAAAUAAAAAACCAAGCACAUACAGAAAGCAAUAUCCCUUGGAAUAAUGAGUGCAGGCAUAUAAAUAAAAUAGCACAAAAUAAA